CAAGGUGCACUUUACAGACGAGGAAGUGAUUUCCAGCUGUCAAACAGAUUUUGUAAAAUCAGUUUCAGCUCUCGGUUGAAAGGAGAAUAACAACUGACGUUACUACAAAAUGGAUUGUCCACGCUGGUUGCCUCUGGAGUCGAAUCCAGAAGUCAUGACAAAGUUCGUUAAUUGUUUGGGUAUGAAGCCAACCUGGCAAUUUGGAGAUGUAUAUGGACUGGAUCCAGAGCUUCUCAGCAUGGUACCAAGACCAGUGUGUGCAGUGCUACUUCUGUUCCCAGUGACAGAGAAGUAUGAGACAUUCAAGCAAGAAGAGGAAGAGAAACUCAAGGGUCAGCCACAGGAGGUCUCUCCUGGCGUCUACUUCAUUAAGCAAACUAUUGGAAAUGCCUGUGGAACAAUAGGAUUAAUUCAUGCAGUGGCAAACAACCAGGCACACCUGGAAUUUGAGACUGAUUCCGCUCUUAAGAAGUUCCUCGAACAAACCUCUAAAAUGACCCCAGAGGAAAGAGCUACGUUCCUGGAAAAGGAUGAGAGUAUUCGUGUCACACAUGAAUCCAGUGCACAGGAGGGACAGACCGAGGCCCCAAGUUUAGAUGAGAAAGUCAAUCUGCAUUUUAUAGCCUUUGUGAAUGUUGGAGGACAGUUAUAUGAACUGGAUGGCCGUAAGCCUUUUCCUAUUGUCCACGGAAAAACUUCCGAAGAUACUUUCCUCGAGGAUGCUGUAGAGGUUUGUAAGAUCUUCAUGGCUCGUGACCCUCAGGAGGUUCGUUUCACCAUCAUUGCCCUCUCCAAAGAUUCAUACUGAGGAAAAGUCCCCUGUGACCCCAGAAAACAAAGGAAACAUGACUGCCAAACAUUCUCAAGUGCUUACAUAAUUGGAAAAUUAGAUUUUUUUUUUUUUUUGUAAAAAAGUAAUGUGGUGAAAUUAAUAAAAUUUCAGGGAUAUCAUACUAAAGUAAUGCUCCAUUUGUGGUCAUACAUCACUUGCGAGUUGGAUGAAAUUCGAAGAGAUUUAAAGUCCUGUUGUGCAACUAAAAGUAUUCCUUGUUAAGAUCAAAAUCUUACAGUUCUGCACUGCUGAAACAUCUCGGUAACUACACUGCACUGACGUUUGUUUACAUGGCAUGUUUGGCUUUCAAUGAAGAAAGAAAUGUAACAAAUGUUCCAAGUCACUGAGGGAACUCAACCUCUUUUUUUACUCUGGGUUCAAUAUUACAGUAUGUAGUGAUUUGUUUUUGAUCAUAUGUCUAACAACAUGGUCAGAACAAGCUAAAGAAACGUGUUUUCCAAGGCUUUCAUUUCAGUCAUAGCUUCGAAAGAAACGGAUAGGCGUAAUGCCGUUGUAUGCAGUUAUUAUGUUACCAAAAGCUUAUCAAUAAAAACAAGGUCUCCUGUAAGUGAGGCCAAGUGAAAAAUGCAGACUGUAAUUCAGUGUGGAAGGUGCCUACAUUUUUGUAAUAAGAAUCAAAGAUUCUGUCAAAUAAAAGGCAAAUUUAUUAAA